CUAAGCCACAUCCUUCAUGCUGCCCAGAUGUAUUAUGAUAUGCUAAUGCUGCCCAGGUAACGUCACCUGGAGGGUGUUUAAUAGCAACGGCCUAAUGGCAGGAAGAGGGAGUGGCCGCCACCAGGUCCAACCCCAACCCUUAGGUGGUGCUGUGUUUUGGUUCAACUCCUGCUCCAAGCAGGGAAAGAGCCACAAAGUGGUCCCGAGUGGCAGCUUGCCCCACCGGCUCUUCAGCAUCACAAUCCAUCUGGCUGAAACUAGUGAGACUUUCCCAUUAGCCGGGUGCUACAGCGACUUGACUGUGUUGAAGCUGAAGCACCAUCUGGAGCUGCUGACUGGUAUCCCUCUGCAUUUCCAACGCCUCCAGUACCUGGAUGAAGUAGAUCUGCCAGAUGAGUCUACGUUUAAGUACAAUGAUAUUGUCCCUGGCGGAACAAUUACUAUACGCAUCUGGCGACAAGAUGGCUGGGGGCUUCUCGUGGCAGCUGCUGCUGAAGGAAAUAUUAUCCAGCUAAUGAGUCUAGGAGUUACAAAGGGAUCCACAUGCAGCACUCCAAAUUCACAGUUACUGAGACCAGAAGAGAAAAAGGAAUGGAUCGCACACCGAGCAUUCGUGGCAUUGUACGUUGCCAGCCACAGAGGCCACACUGCAGCUGUAGAAUUUCUCCUGGAAAAUGGUGCAGAUUUGCAUGCUAAAACACCACUGGGGAGGACUGCUCUUCAUGCUGCCACUGUCAUGGGCCGAUAUGACUGCAUUGAUCUGCUCCUUAGCUGGGGGGCACAAACUUCUGACUCAGACAAUGAGGGACAAAGUGCAGUGAGCCUAGCCCGCCUCUGGGGCCAGAAGCAAAGCGAACGCAGACUGUUCCGUUUCCAGUGGCAGCAGAGAGCGACUGGCACCACGUCACCCUCACCAAGUCGGAGCUUACAGCAGAGGCUGGAUUCCAGGACACACAGGCCUCAGUCACGUGCUAAAACACACGUAUAUUUUUAUUGUUCCUGUCUAUUGUAAAAAAGAACAUAUGCUGAGUUUGGGGGAGACUUUCAAAGGUGGCCAGCUCCCAUUGACUUUCUGGACAUAACUGACAUAUGUGCCUCUGAAAAUGCUAUGUGAUAAGUUCACAUAGCUUCCUGUAUUGUUGCUCUCG